AGACUGAAGCUACGAAUUGAGGCGGUGUUUCGGGGGAUCCGCUCCUGACCAACAGUAGCAGCAGCAGAUCCUACUAGCACCCAUCGUCGACUCGAGGGGAGCGACGACGACGGCUAGUAACUCAGCCACUCGAUCAUUCACCCACUCUUCCGCUCGCUCCCCUUCGCUUUCCAGAUACAUCCUCCUCGUUUGCUGAUCGACCAGGAAUUCUGUCCCGAACCCAGCCAAAAAUACCAACUUCGAUUUGACUCUGCUCGUGCUGGGCCUGCACAGCGCUGGACUCCGAUCGAAUAGAAGAAUUUAUUCCGCAGGAACAAAUCGGUGCGAAAAUUACUAGCAGAGCGAGAGAGAGAGAGAACGAGAUAGAGCACGUCGGGUGUGGGCUCUCUGUUAUGCUGUGGAUGGUGGUGGUGGUGUUGCUUGCAGGCAUCGAGGUGCGCCGUCAUGGGAUUGAUUCACUGAUCCAGUGAUGUUUGCCGGGGGCCUCUGCACAAGCGUACAUAGAUCCAGAAGCCGAAUCUCGAGGAAUUCGGGUUGUGUUGAUCGAGGUGCGAGCGCCUGCAGGUCGGGCAAAAGUUUCCAAUUUGGCCAAGGAGUUUGGCUGUUUGAGUCUGGCGGAAGACGCAAGCAGGGAACGACGAGGGACGAGAACAGGGCACGGCUCCAGGCAAGGGAAGGGGCAGAAAAGUAGAGAAGAGAAGCGUCGGUGAUUGAGGCAGGUACGAAGGAGAGCAAUCGCUGUGAAGCUAGAGUUCAGAUCCGAUGGACGAAGGAAUGUCCGUCCAAUUGCCGUGUGCCAGGGAAUUUGUCAAGCUGAUGGUCAUGACGAUGCAGGGUCAGACGGACUAAAGUAGCUUUCCUUCGUCCGAACACGAUUUUUCAGUGGAUUUGCCUUUAGACUCUCUUGCUUUCGGGUCUCAGGCCUUUUGUGACCAGAACUCCACGUCUGAGCGAUCGGACGGGCCUCCAGCCGGAACACAAGGUCCUCCAUUGGAUUGGCAUGUUGCAGGUACGCAACUCGUUCAGAAAGCCAGCGAGAGCUGCUGAUUUAACGAGAAUUCUGUUGAGCAGCUCGUCGGCAGGCUCUGGCAGAUCGAAACCUUAGUGCUCCUGGCUCGUAGAAUCCAUGUGAUCUCGGUGGGGGGCUCGAAGAGCAAGAAGCGAAACGAGGAGCAGAGGAAGGACGGGAUUGGAAGAUGUUGACGAAUAGUCGCAAUGGCAGGAAGCCCAAGCUGUUAUCGGUGGUGGCAUUGGCCGCCGUCCUGUUCUGCCUCGUCACUGCGAGGCUGCUCCGGGUGCCUUACAUAAGUGGAAACUACGGCAAUUCGCCGGACAUGGCGACGAUUUUCCAGACAGCUCUGUCAGUCUCCACGUCGUGGUCUGCACUGGACGAGGACUCGGUGCUGAGCGGAGCAGCACAGGCCACGAGGCCGUCCGUGGAGGAGCUGAUCAGUGCACUGCGAGAAGCCACGCAGAAAGCUGCCAGGGGCGAGUACUUCCUCAUGGAUUUGACGGGGGAGGAGCGCGAGAGGUGGAACCGCGACAACUCCUGUCAAAGCCGGCUGGAGCUCAAGGCCAUGUACAACCGCAGGAAGUACGCCCCGGAUGUGGAAGAGGACGAUGGGCUCUGGGAUGUGGUGCUGGAAGAGUACGCCAAGCUGCACCGAGUGUGCAUGCGCAGAGUGGGUCGGGAAAAUCUGAAAAACUACUUCGAGACGAGAAACAACAGCACGGGGUGCAACUUCGCCAUCGCAGACUACUCGACCGGAGGGGGAUUGGGGAACAAGAUCCUGGCCAUAAGCAACACCGUUCUCUACGCCAUCCUCACGCAGAGAGUGGUGCUCGUGCCCACCUCCACUCUGGUGCCGGAGCUCAUGUGCGAGCCCUUCGUGGGCUCGUCGUGGGUCCUGGAUUCCGACCAGUUCCCCGUGCCUCCGUGGGAGAGCGCGCACCGCCACCUCUGGACGAUUCACAAGGAUGUGUACCAGGAGCUGGACCGCCUGCCAUCGUCGCGCUUCGUGAAAGAUCCUCCGCGGUCCAAGCUCUACUCGUCGUCCAUGGAGGAGUACCAGUACCAGCCCGGCAGCAGAUUCUUCUGCGACGUGGAGCAGGAGAUGUUCAAGGGCGUGACUUGGCUGUACUUCACGGGGUGCCUGUACACGAUCCCCAAGCUCUUCGCCAUUCCUGCGUUCCGGGAGACUCUGGAGGAGCUGUUUCCCAGCAGGCUCGUGCUCACGCGCAUGCUCAGGUCCGUCAUGCUGCCGAACGAUGUGGUCUGGGACAGGAUUAUGCGCGCAGAUGCCGAACAUUUGAAAGAGGCCGAUCGUCGAGUGGGCUUGCAGAUCCGGUUCCGACACAACAUGAAUGAGUAUGUGGAGAUGAACGCCGUGGUGAAUGAACGAGUUCUCAAAUGUGGACUGGACAAUGGGUUCCUGCCAUCGACCGUCGAUCAGGAUGGGACCAUGGAAUCUCACCUAGCGCAGAAGACCUCGGUCCAUAAUUCGAAAUCCUCGUCCUCCGUCAAAGUCUUCGUGGCCUCGUUGUACCCAGGGUUCGCAGACUUCGCCAGAGAGAAGUACGUGUCUCAUCCGAAAUCGACCGGAGAGGUGGUGAGCCUCGUGCAGCUCUCGCACGAGAUGAGUCAAACGUAUGGGCUGGAGAUCGACAGACAAUCUCUUGUGGAGAUCAUAAUGUUGAGCUUCUGCGAUGAUGUCGUGGUGACUCCUCUCUCUACCUUCGGAGGGCUGGCCCAGGCUUAUGGGAAUUUGGUUCCAUGGAUUUUGGAGUUUAGGAAAGAGGGGUCUCAUCCUCCCUGUGAGCGAGGGCAGACGGUGGACGUGUGCUACCAGGAAGCAGAUCAGCUGUACUCCUGUCCCUACAACCGUAGACUGGACAAGAAGAAAAUUUCCGAUGUCGUUCCUUACAUUCAGAAAUGUCUUACUGUCGAUGCACUGGACGGGUUGCAGCUGAUCACCAAAAACUUCAGCGGAACGGAGUAUUACAUAUCUUCAGAUUCCACCGUCGAUCUUCUCGGGUGAAUCCAAACGUCGGUUGUGCCGAGACUUGAACGAAACAUUGAAAGAAUCCAGGAACAUGACGACCUUUUGAGAAUGCCGUCUACAUUCUUUCCUUGCCUGCAGCGGAGGCCUCAAGAAAUUUUCAAGUGGUUGCGCAACGCGCGCAGCCUCUGAGCUCCGACCGGCAUACUGGGAUACCGAUGGCUGAGCUCCACGAUGAUUGUCGUCGAGCUGAGCUGAGCUGUAUUUUUGUACACUCCGUCCCAUUAUAAGAUCUUAGCCCCGACAGCAAUCGCUGAGAGCAAAUCUACUCACAGAACGCCUUGUCUGCACUCUGCGACAUGGACUUUCAACGGAAUUGAGUUUAACUUAGCGCCUGUCUAGCGUAUUCAUCUGCCAAUAAGGCCUUCCUUCACUUUGACGAGCAAACUGCAACUCCCCUAUAUGCCACCGAAAUCCAACCCCCCGCGUGGCCAUGAGUUCACCAGGUCGCUUGGAAAUUGUGAAGACAAAUUGUGAAAAUUGCCACAGGUCUCUGAGAUAGAGAGAGAGAGGGAGAGAGAGAGAGAAUUUGUAAUUAUAAAGACCAAAUUAUAGAUCUCUCUGCUUAGCUGCAGCUGAGCAGAGAGAAUUUAGCUCAGGGUUUUGCAGCUUCUAACACCGAUGAGUAUUGUACUCAUCUGGCCUUCAGAGCCGUAGGACCGAGACCCCGUGUCCUAUUGAGCAGAGCGCUGCGCAGGACAGGGCUUGUUGAAGAAAGGUUCGACAAGAGUUUCGCAGCUGGAAGAGGAGGCACGGAAGGCUCUGAAGAACCGGGGCUGCUGCGGUGGCUCUCCCGAUAUCUACAUCAGGUGCUGUCCCCGCAAUAAAAAGAGCACCGGGCUUUGCCUUGUGAGGAAUUGCUGAGGAAGCGAAGUACGAGGAGGAGGAGGAAGGAAGAGAUUGUAAUCAUAAAGGAGUGCCUGCUAUUGACUCCCCACGAAUCAUUACUGGUAGAAGAGGAGUAAGAAGCUUUCACAAAUUGUGAGCCUAUGAAGACCGUGCGCACUGGUUUUACGCGCAGGGUACAAGGUUGGGUGAAAAUUGCGAGGAAGUGCCACAUGAGAGAGGGAAUCUCUGUCAUGUAUUGUGAGUUCUCGUUAUGGCUGUAAUUUUGCCUUCCAGUUUUCAGCGAGAAGUGUCCGCAUUACACGAUAGACUCUUGCUUGCAUCAGACAGAAUCCAAGGCAGGCUAAAAUGCGCUUUGGGCUCUAUCUGGUGGUAGAAUUGCGCAGCUACAGAACUGCACGAAAUUAUAGCUUCUGAAGCUUAGAAAAUUCAGAAGCUUCGAAUUUUGAGCUUUGAAUAAAGAAGAGUCACGUUGUCAGAGUCUC